AUGGACGUCGAUGAUGAUAUUCCCAUGCUAGUCGAUGUGGAAGGCAAAGAAGUUAAUGCAGAAGAAAAAGAAGCAAAGCCCAUCAAAGUACCAAUCACAAUUGUCACAGGAUAUCUUGGUGCUGGAAAGACAACGUUGAUGAAUUAUAUCUUGAAUGAACAACAUGGGAAGAAAAUCGCCGUGAUAUUAAAUGAAUUCGGUGAUUCCGCUGAUAUUGAGAAAACUCUUACUGUCAACACUGGUAGUGAGCAAGUAGAAGAAUGGCUCGAUGUUGGUAAUGGCUGUAUCUGUUGUUCAGUAAAAGACUCCGGCGUCAACGCCAUCGAAACCCUCAUGGACCGCCGCGGCGCCUUUGACUACAUCCUCCUCGAAACGACCGGACUCGCCGACCCUGGCAACCUCGCUCCCCUCUUCUGGGUCGACGAAGGACUCGGCAGCACCAUCUAUCUCGACGGAAUCGUGACUCUCGUCGACGCCAAAAACAUUCUCAAGUCACUCAACGAACCCGUCCCCUCGGAAAUACCCUCGGAAACACCCAAUCAGAACAAAUCCCACGCCAGCGCCGAUUCCAAUUCCGAUGCUAACGAGAAACAUGACCACUCUGGUCCUCAUCUCACAACCGCCCAUCUCCAAAUCUCUCACGCCGAUGUUCUCAUCCUCAACAAAUCGGAUCUGGUCACUCCGGAAGAAUUGGAAAUCGUCAAGGAGAGAAUCACGGCGAUAAAUGGUUUGGCAAAAUUACACAUUACUGAAUUUGGCGCAACUCCCCAAUUAGAAGGCGUCUUGUUAGAUUUACAUGCAUAUGAUAGAGUCGAUUUCAAUCUGGAGGAAGUAAAAGCAAAAGGACAUAGUCAUUUAGAUCCCACAAUCACGACCCUAACCCUCACCACCCCACCCCUCUCCCCCACCAGCCUCUCCCACCUCGACGCCUGGCUGCGCUCUCUCCUCUGGGACUCUCGCAUUCCCUCUCCCUCCCCAUCCUCCCCCACAUCCCCCUCCCUCUCCCCGGAAAUCCACCGUCUAAAAGCCCGUCUCCCCCUUACAAACCACACCACCAAAAUCAUCCAAGCCGUGCGCGAAGUAUUCGAAAUCCUCGACGACGUAUCUCCCUCUUCUCCCUCUCCCCAAUCCACAAUCGAAACCGAAAUGCAAUCCGACCGCAACAGCGAGGGAAAAAUCGUCUUGAUCGGAAGGAAUAUCAAAGACAUGGAAGAUGUACUCCUCGAGAGUUUUUUGAACUCUGUGGUUGAGGAGAAGGGGUGUUAG